AUGCAGCCUUCCACUUUCCUCAUGGCCCUCUUCGCCGCCCUCGCCGUCGCCCAGCCUUACGGCGGAAACCCCAGCGCCGGCACCAGCGUCGACUACAGUCCCGACAACAGCGUUGACAACAGCGUCGACAACAGCGUCGAGCAGACCCAGACCCUCCCUAUCAGCGUCGCCCACGACGGCAUCAACGUUGCCAACGGCAACGACGUCGACGUCAACGCCCUCAACAAUGCCCUCAACAACGCCAAGAUCCCCAUCCUCAACGACGCCGAUAUCUUGUAAGCGAGCUUCGAUCUGGACCGUGGUCUUUGAUCAGUUAAGGCUCAGCUUCCGAACUCUCGCAAGGAUGGAUUUCGCAGGAUGAUUUGGAGGUGUGACUCGAGAACACAACAUUCAAUGUGGUUGGUCGCUCGUGUGUAUCUAGGCUUUCUCUUCUGAGGUUGAUAAUAAUUUAAUCGGG